AAUUCACACCCACCCGGUAACAUUCCCAUCGCGACUGCCAGUCACCUGCAAGAGCGCAACAACUUAAUUGCAAUUAAGGCUGACUGAAAUCGCAACGCCCUCUCGGCUUUAGGGGAAAUGGCAGAAAGUGUAGACGAUGCGGGCGACUUUGCUGGUGGCGAGUCGGCUCAGGACAAACAAACGGCGGCCCCACCGCGAAAUGCCUUCACCGAGCUCAUGGCUCCCAAAACCAAGCCGCCCAAGCCAGACGCAGGCAAAUCAUCACGAAGCGCCACCGGCAAAGGCGGCAAAUGGACAGGCGCUUUGGUUGAAUAUAUCGAGCACCCUGAGCGCUUCCCUCGCGAGGUCCUGCGCGUUACCCCCAACACGGUCCUCAUUAAAGACCUGUAUCCCAAGGCCACUAUCCAUCUCCUUCUUCUCCCGCGCGACCCUGCACGCUAUCUCAUGAACCCACGCGAGGCCUUUGAUGAUGGCACCUUCCUGUCCGUGGUGCGCGACGAAGCCGUCAGCGCUGCCCGCAUAGCCGCAGCCGAGCUCUCGCGCCAGCUGUCCUCUUUCUCGGCCAGCAGCCAGGCGCAGAACGAAGCCAUCGAUGCCGGCGUCCUGGCCGCCGAGCUGCCGCCCGGUCGAGACUUCUUGUCCGAGAUGCGCAUUGGCGUGCAUGCCCACCCGUCCAUGGACCAUCUCCACGUCCACAUCUUCUCCCCGGACAUGCACUCGGACAAGGUCAAGCACUACAAGCAUUACAACAGCUUCAACACGCCCUUCUUCAUUCCUCUAGACGACUUCCCUCUCGCCGCCGACGACGAGCGGCGGAGCACGGCCUUCCAGAACGCUAACCUGAAACGAGAUUUCGUGUGCUGGCGCUGUGGAAAGGUGUUUGGCAAUAAGUUCGCCGAGCUCAAGAGGCACCUGGAAAUCGAGUUUGAGCUGUGGAAGAAGACGUGAGCAGGAAACGACGAUGCACUGAGUCACCAGCCGUUAAAGUUAUGUAAUAUUUCAUAUUUUUAAGGUUUCUUCCUGCAUGGGGCCCUACAAUCGUAGUUCCUUCCUAUUCCUUGGUCUCUCAUCAUACACAAAAGGAAAGAGCAGGCUCAGACGGUCAGGCGGGCGCGCAAGCAGGGUCAUCCUUAUCCUUAGCCAUGCUAUGCAUAGUGCAUUGUAUCCGGAAAACAGAACCGAAAAGUGGAUAAAGGACUAGGAACUGACCAAAGAUUUUAACUUUGUGG